AUGGCGUGGUUUCUUUGUAGUUGUGUAUUUGCAGCACUAAUCCUUGUGGUUCUUUAUCUGAAGAGGAAAAUGAAUGGGUUCCUGGUAGAUGAUGGUCGGCGAAGUCCUCCAAGUCUCCCUUCUCUCCCUAUUAUAGGGAGUCUGCUGAGUCUGAAGAGUGACAUGGCUCCACACCUUUUCUUUCAGCAGCUGCAGAAGAAAUAUGGAGAUAUUUAUUCGCUUAUGAUGGGCUCCCACAAAGUUCUCAUCGUCAACAGUCAUCACCACGCUAAAGAGGUGCUGCUUAAAAAGGGGAAAAUAUUUGCAGGAAGAGCACGGACUGUCACUACAGACAUCUUAACAAGGGAUGGGAAAGACAUAGCAUUUGCUGACUAUAGUGCCACAUGGAGGUUUCAUCGGAAAAUGGUGCACGGGGCUCUCUGCAUGUUUGGUGAGGGUAGUGCCUCUAUCGAGAAAAUAAUUUGCAGAGAGGCGAGCUCUAUGUGUAAAGUUCUGACGGAUCUGCAGAAUUCUGCGGUGGAUAUGGCCCCUGAGCUGACCCGGGCCGUCACUAACGUGGUGUGUUCCCUGUGCUUCAGCUCCGCAUACAAGCGUGGAGAUGCUGAGUUUGAAGCCAUGCUUCAGUACAGCCAGGGCAUUCUGGAUACAGUGGCCAAGGACAGUUUGGUGGACAUUUUCCCAUGGUUGCAGUUUUUCCCAAAUGAAGACCUCAGAAUUUUGAGGCAGUGUGUUUCCAUCAGAGACAAGUUACUUCAAAAGAAAUAUGAGGAGCACAAGGCGAAUUACAGUGAUAAUGUGCAGAGGGAUCUGCUGGAUGCUCUGCUGAGAGCCAAAAGCUGCUCUGAGAACAACAACACCAGCACUCAGGAUGUGGGCCUGACUGAAGAUCACCUGCUGAUGACUGUAGGAGAUAUUUUCGGAGCUGGGGUGGAGACCACAACCACUGUCCUGAAGUGGUCCAUCGCUUAUCUCAUACAUCAUCCUCAGGUCCAGAAAAAGAUCCAGGAGGAGCUGGACAGUAAGAUUGGUAGGGACAGACAUCCUCAGCUUAGUGACAGAGGAAAUCUGCCCUACCUUGAGGCCACCAUCAGAGAGGUGCUUCGAAUCCGGCCGGUCUCUCCACUCCUCAUCCCUCAUGUAGCUCUCUCUGAUUCCAGCAUUGGCGAGUACACUGUACAGAAAGGGACACGGGUCAUCGUUAACUUGUGGUCUCUGCAUCAUGAUGAAAAAGAAUGGAAAAAUCCUGAACUUUUCGAUCCAGGGCGAUUCCUGGAUGAGGAAGGGAAUGGUCUGUGUAACCCAUCACUCAGUUACCUGCCCUUCGGUGCUGGAAUCCGUGUGUGUCUUGGGGAGGCUCUGGCCAAGAUGGAGCUCUUUCUCUUCCUGUCGUGGAUUCUGCAGAGGUUCACUCUGGGGGUCCCCGCCGGCCAGACUCUACCAGAGCUGCAGGGCAAGUUCGGGGUCGUCCUACAGCCACAGAAAUAUAAAGUUGAUGCCAGACUCAGACCAAGCUGGGAAAAGAACAUACAGUUUCAGCAGUGCAAACAGCUUAAAUCAGUCUAAUUAGUUUUUUGAUGUAUUUUGUUUUUUUUUUUUUCAUACUUUUUCAUGAAAAUUAAGACUUUGAUUAAGACUUCAUUGGUAAGAUUCCUGGAUAGGGAUUGAGCCUAGUCAUAAUGGAAAAUCUCUAUUCAAAUAUGCUGCAAAGUUUAAGACUAGGCUUAAUCCUUAAGUCUGGGGAACUGCUCCAAAAAGACUUGGUUAUUAAUCUAAAUUAUUUUGCAGAGGUUUGCAAGUAUUGUAUAUAAAGUAUAUGGUAAAUAAAUAUAGUUUCUGUGGGGAAAAAAGGUACACAGAUGAGUCAUAACAUUAAAACCAUCUUCCUAAUACUGUGUAGGUACCACUCGAGAGACGUUUUUUAAAAUUAACAUUUGGCUAGACACACAUCAAUGAGCCUCGUCACUGAUUCACUUAUUGUCCUUCCUUGGAACAUUUUGGUAGAUACUAACCACAGUGUACUAAGUAUACCACAGUCAUCUAGCCAUCACAAUCCCACUGUCAAGCAACCUUGUUAAGAUUCCAACUGUCUGGCACAGUAUGUGCCAGUGAAAGGUAAUAUUGUAGCAAGAUCAUCAUUAUUGUUAUCAGUUUUUAGUAUCAGCUUAUUGGUGUUAAUAUCUCACUCUCUGACAGAACACAACUGAUUAGUCAUAAAACCACAGAGAGGUGCAGUAAAAUACAUUGACUUACCAACGAUCUUUUACAGUGGCACCUGUUAAGGAACGGGAUAAGCAGAUUUAGUAGCGUGUGGUUUUAUUGUAUCGGCUGAUUUAUUGUAUCGGUUGAUUACAAAUGUAUACUGAUAUCUUUAAAACCUUGUUAUUGACAUUCAUUGUGAAUAAUAAAAUAUUUUUCAGUUUAAGGUAUCUCAAAGUUCAGAAUGUUCUUACAUUGUGGCUCAACUCCCCCUCAAGGUGUUAUCUUGAGUGAGGUUGAACACUGGCCUGCAUGCUCAUGGCAAUGCAAUGUAAAUUAUAAAGUUUGAACAAGGCCAGAUUUUGGCUUUUAUUUCUGAAGUCAAAUUUAACCUUUUUUUCAACCUUUUUUGCUGCAUGAUAAAAAAGAAAAUUCAUUGUUUUCGUUUUCUAUUAAAUAUUAACAAGUUAGGGUGUGCCAUCUUGUAAUAAUAUUGGCAACAUUUUUAAAUAUCUUGAACGAUAUUAUACCCUGGAAUAUCAUGCCAUAUCACCCACCCCUAAAUAUCACAUCAGGGUACUACUUUUUUUUUUUUUUUUUUUUUUACAGUUUUUAGCAAAAGAAAAAAUUCACAUGGUUCUGUCCAGUAUCAUUCAUUUUACCUUAAUCCUGGAUAUAUGGAGAUAUUUGGAGUGCAUUAUUAGUAUCAUGACAUUCUGUAUCAUUUACUUCUGUUUCAAAUCUUGUAUUUUUUUUAUAUCUCAGUUAGGGGUUUGCUUUAUCAUAUUGUAUGCAAUAAUAAAAUUUAAUUUUCA